AACCACCCCGGUAGCUUGCUAGCCAACAUAGCCGAAAGAUUCAAGCUAUUUAUACGCUUUCGGUGUAUAUUACCUACUGUGUUUUAGCCACACUUCUGUCGUAUCUACUUGUUAACCUAUUUAAUUGAAUAUUACGUUAUUUUGUAUUAGUCAGCUAUAGUAGUUGGCUGGUUAAAUUAGCACUAGCCUAGUCGCUAAUGAUAGCUAGUUAGCUAACAUCCCCGAACAUGAGGUCAGUAAGCUUCUCCCCUCCUGCUAAAGAAGAGGAAGUCUGCUGGACGGAGAAAGAGGGUCUGGGGCUGAACAUUGUUGUGAAAGAGGAGGAAGAGGAGGCUGUUUUUGGUAUGAAAGAGGAGGAGGGGGAGAUUACUGUCACAUUGGAGGAAGAAGAGGAGGUUGGAGAUCUGUUUAACCCCAGAGAGAUACGGGACUAUCGUGGAUCCUCUGGGGAGCCUCAACAACCUCAUGAUGCUGACGAGGCAGAGAAGAGUCUCUCCAGAUCAGAACACGUCAAGAAACACCAGCGGAAAUCCACAGGGAAGAAAUCUCAUUGCUGCUCUGACUGUGGGAAGAGAUUCACCUCCUCAUCAGGCAUUAAAAUUCAUCAGAGAAUCCACACAGGAGAGAAACCUUAUAGCUGUGAUCAAUGUGGGAAGAGGUUUACUAAAUCUAGCAGUCUGACUAAACACCAGAGAACACACACAGGAGAGAAACCUUAUACCUGUGAUCAAUGUGGGAAGAGUUUUACUACAUCUGGCUCUCUGACUUUACACCAGAGAACACACACAGGAGAGAAACCUUAUAGCUGUGAUCAAUGUGGGAAGAGUUUUACUACAUCUGUCUCUCUGACUUUACACCAGAGAACACACACAGGAGAGAAACCUUAUAGCUGUGAUCAAUGUGGGAAGAGUUUUUGUCAAUCUGGCCAACUGACAGUGCACCAGAGAACACACACAGGAGAGAAACCUUAUAGCUGUGAUCAAUGUGGGAAGAGUUUUGCUACUUCUGGCUAUCUGACAGUGCACCAGAGAAUACACACAGGAGAUAAACCUUAUAGCUGUUAUCAAUGUGGGAAGAGUUUUGCUGCAUCUAGCUCUCUGACAGUGCACCAGAGAACACACACAGGAGAGCCAAUGUAUAGCUGUGACCAGAGAUAAUCUGAUAAAAGAUCUCUGACUAAUCAUCAGAAAAUACAUGAAGGAGUUGUUUCAUGAUAUCAAUUAAAUGAUGUCACAAUGUAGAAUGAUGUAACAUUGUAGUAGGAGUAUUUUAAUGAUGUCACAAUGUAGAACCCUAAACGUUUGUCCCCUGUUCUAUUGAUUUCAACAUGAUAUGGAUAUUAGCCUCAGGGGGGAAAUCCAGGCUCUGAAUUAAAAGAGUACUAUUUUUGAGAUUUAGUAAGUACACAUUAUUCCCAGAUUCCGUGUGGUUUUUGAGCUGUUAGUUUUAACAGGACGUGCAACCUCAUCUCCCUCCUGUCACACAAAUGAUUUUAGCAUGAUAUCGAUUAGUUAUGACAAAUAAGUGUUGCGUUCCUUUGUUUAGCGACCCCCUACAUUUAAAUGCAUUCCAACAUCACGUACAACCUGAUUUCCCCCCUAAUUGAUAUCAGUGAUUUAUUGCUACUUGUCAAAACAACACUGUUUCUGGUGCUUGUGCAGUUUAUAAGGAGCUUGUUUAAAAAAAUACAAUAAAUAUGAUUAUUGUGGCAGAUGUUUGUGUAAAUAGCACAUGUUAUGUUUAGGUUUCUGCAAAUUGGUUAUUGAUUUGGACACAUUAAAACUGUGUUUUGACAUUGAGGCUAUCCCACCUAGCACAAUGUAAUUGAAAAGACGUUGAAAAUAAGACUGCAAUCAACAACAAAUUUUUAUUUUAUUUUUUAUUAUACCAUGCCUUUUUUUAAACAUUUUUUAUUAUACCAUGCCUUACCAUUAAGUUAAUUAUUGACAAUACAUAUUAUCAAAGGGGUGUACAUUUGGUUUUGGUAAUUCAUGUUUACAAUUCAUGUAACUUUUUAGUAAUCAUAAUUAUUUAUGCAAUCAACUGACAAUUUUCGGGUAUAAAUAUAUUGACAUUGUUGCCUUUCUUUUAGAAUAGCAGGGUUCAUUCUCAGAUGUGCCAACCCAAAUGUACUAGAGCAUGACAUUGGGGACUGGGCCCUGAUCCAACAACAUGCCUAACGAGUGAUCCCUGUAAAGAGAGAGAAGCUUCGCAGUGAGGUGGAAAGUUACUACGGAUAUUGCAGGAGUUUCCUCUUGAAAUCAGACAAGUCUGUUGUAAGGACAACUUGGUUGCUGAUUGUCUCAAGAGUUAAAAAGAUUUGUGGUUUGCGUUUAGACGGUGCGUUGCCAUGGAUCACAAUUUAUUUUGACUGCGCGUUUUUCCGUAUUGGAGAUGAGUUUUGUUUGGGCUCAUGAAGCAUUGUAGUUGAUAAUGUGAAAUGGAAAUUGUUUUCUGUUGUCCAACAAAAAUAUAGGAUAUAUUUUUUCUCUUAAGGUGUUACAGUCUUUGGUUUUUCCAUUUAUGUUUUGAGGUUGGAUUUCAGCACGUAUAGCUCAUUAGCAUGUAGGACGCACUGAUUGGUGUCACCUCGUUAGUCAGUAUGUGUUACACCUGUGCUGGCUUGUCCAUCUCGUUAGUGGGAAGGUGUUUCACCUGAGCUGGUCCAGGUUCUAUUUAAGAGUGUCUGGCCCAGUGCUCCAGUUGUCUUGAUAGAUGUGGAGAGUCAACACCUUUAGUUGCUCCACCUUUUUGGUUUGCUUCCUGUCUUUAAGUUUGGUGUGGGUUUUUCUUUUGUUUGCAUCUUCUUGGGCAGAUUUAGUGGGUCUUAUGGUGGGUGUCUUUUAGGUCCCAGUUGUUGUUACUAGUCAACUUUCAGUGGACACCCCCAUAGUGACUUUCAGAGCCCAUCCUAAAAAACAAGCUUAUAUUUUUGGAUUGGAUAUUUUAAUAUUUUAAUCAAUGGCAUUUCCUUAGGAUGCUCAUUAGUCUUUAAGUUGGUAUUAUUGUUUUUUAUCCUCUUAUGUUUGUGUACUAAAUAUUCCUGUUUAUUUUCAUUGUUUUCUCCUGAGAAGCCAUUGUGUUGCAUGUCUGAAAUGUGCUUGAAAUGAAGCUUGAUUUGAUUUCAACAAAUGAAUCC